AUGAUUUUUCUUACCUAUCAAAUAAGAAAAGCAAAACUUUUUCUCGAUGAUUCAGUUAAAGAAAUCAAUCAAGAAAUUUAUCCAAAAGAAGUUUCGAUUUAUUUAGAACAUCUCCUCUAUCAAUUAGAAAAACUUGAUCAAUAUACGACACAAGUUGAUUCUAUUGUAAUCAAGGCAUCACAAUCACUGUUCGUCAAAGCAUUUGAUCAAAUACUGCGAGAAAAAUAUUUUUUUGACGAAAUUCGUCAAUUGGUGAUUUAUAGCGAUUUACAUAUUAAAGAAUUGGAAGAACUCAUUAAUCAAGAAACAAAUUUAUUACCAGAAGCAAUGGUUCUUUUUCAAGAUAUCAAAAAUGAUAAUCGAGAAAUGAUCAAUUAUUUAAAAAUGCCAUUACAAGAACCAUGUGAUUAUGCGAAUGGAAAUGAUACAGAAGUCAUCAGUAUAGUUGUCGAAGCAUUAGACCUUGUUCAUCAACAAAUGAACAAAUUGAUUGAUAGAAUUCGCAAUGAUUUUCUUAGUCAAAUAACACCAUGGCCAAAUGCAAUGUUAAUGAAUAAGACUUUGGAAGAUCAAGUUCGAUGGUAUGUUCGUCUUGUGGUAACAAUUCUUCUCGUGCUGAUUAUCAUUCUUGGUCUUAUUCCAAUAGUUUUCUUUAUUCUCAUUAUCAUGUGUCGAAUAUGUCGCAGGUAA